UCGAAUAGGAUAUUGUCCGGUUUGUGUGUGUUCCUAUAAAUUCUUGUUUGGGAUGAACCAAAUGUCAUUCAGCUACGAUAGUUGGAAACAAAGCACAGCCAUGUACAAGCUCCUCUUCGUCGCCGCCGUGCUCGGCCUUUCCACCGCCAAGCCCCAAUUCGUGGCCCCUGUGGCGUACUCCACAGCCGUAGCUGCCCCAGCUGCAGUCGCCUACUCCGCCCCGGCUGUCGCUGCCGCCCCAGCUGCAGUCGCUUACUCUGCCCCAGCCGUCUCUUAUGCCAAGCCUGUCGUAGCUGUCUCCGCCCCAGCUGUCGCAGCCGCCCCUGCCGCAGUCGCCGCCGCCCCUGCCGCGGUCGCCGCAGCCCCUGCCGCGGUCGCUUACUCCGCCCCAGCUGUCUCUUACGCCGCCCCAGCCGUCUCUUACGCCGCCCCAGCCGUGUCAUACGCCAAGUCCGUCGUCUCUGCCGUGGCUACCCCAGUCGCUACCCCCGUCGCCUACUCAGCUCCAGCUGUAACUUACGCUAAGCCCGUUGUCGCCGCCGCCGUCGCUCCCGCGGUUGCCCCUGCCGUCGCCUACUCCGCCCCUGUGGCUUACUCUGCUCCAGCAGUGACCUACGCCAAGCCAGUAGUAUCUGCAGCUGUUGCUCCUGUAGCUUACUCCGCCGCCUCCGUAGCUGCCCCUGUCGCCUACUCAGCCGCCGCCGUAGCCCCUGUCUCCUACUCCGCCCCAGUCGCAUACUCUGGCUUCGCUGCCUCUCCCUAUGCGUACUCUGGCCUCUCCAGCUACGAAUACGCCGUCGGUUACGACUACCCCUCUUACCUGUGGAAGAAGAAGUAAGCGCCAAAAUAACGAAUAUGAACUAUCUAAGUGAACUAUCGGUAACGUGUGAUUGGUUUGUUGUUAUAAGUAAUUUAAAUAAAUAAAAAAUAAAUGUUUUCUGGCUAAUGAAA